AUGCCGGCUUUCUCGCAGGCUACCGAGCUCUCCGCCUGGAAGGAGCUCCAGGAGCACCACACCGCUGUCGGUCGUAACAUUGUCCUGAAGGAGGCCUUCGAGAAGGACCCUCAGCGCUUCGAGAAGUUCAGCCGUACCUUCAAGAACACUGUGGACAACUCGGACGUCCUCUUCGAUUUCUCUAAGAACUUCCUCACCGAGGAGACCCUCUCCCUUCUGGUCAAGCUGGCCAAGGAGGCCAAUGUUGAGGAGCUCCGCGAUGCUAUGUUCAAGGGUGAGCACAUCAACUUCACUGAGGAUCGUGCUGUCUACCACGCUGCUCUCCGCAAUGUCUCCAACGAGCCCAUGCAGGUCGAUGGCAAGAGCGUUGUCGAGGAGGUGAACGCCGUGUUGGAGCACAUGAAGGAGUUCUCCGAACAGGUCCGCAGUGGUGAGUGGAAGGGUUACACUGGCAAGAAGAUUGACACCGUCAUCAACAUUGGUAUCGGUGGUUCUGAUCUUGGCCCGGUUAUGGUCACCGAGGCCCUGAAGCCAUACGGUGCUCCGGAUAUGAAGCUGCACUUUGUCUCCAACAUUGAUGGAACUCACAUUGCCGAGGCCCUCAAGGACUCCAACCCUGAAACUACCCUCUUCCUGAUCGCUUCCAAGACCUUCACCACCGCAGAGACCACUACCAACGCGAACAGCGCCAAGAAGUGGUUCCUCGAGACUGCCAAGGAUGAAUCCCAUAUCGCCAAGCACUUCGUUGCCCUUUCCACUAACGAGGCCGAGGUCACCAAGUUUGGCAUUGACAAGAAGAACAUGUUCGGCUUCGAAUCCUGGGUGGGUGGUCGCUACUCCGUCUGGAGUGCUAUCGGUCUCUCCGUUGCCCUCUACAUCGGUUACGAGAACUUCCACCAGUUCUUGGCUGGUGCCCAGGCCAUGGACAAGCACUUCCGUGAAGCUCCUCUGGAGCAGAACAUUCCCGCCAUUGGUGGUUUGCUGAGUGUGUGGUACAGCGACUUCUUCGGUGCCCAGACUCACCUGGUUGCACCUUUCGAUCAGUACCUGCACCGAUUCCCUGCCUACCUGCAGCAGCUCUCCAUGGAGAGCAACGGCAAGGCCAUUACCCGCUCUGGCGAAUACGUCAAGUACACCACUGGCCCUAUCCUGUUUGGCGAGCCUGCCACCAACGCCCAGCACAGCUUCUUCCAGUUGCUCCACCAGGGCACCAAGCUCAUCCCGUCGGACUUCAUCAUGGCUGCCGAGUCCCACAACCCUGUCGAGGGUGGCAAGCACCAGCGUAUGCUCGCAUCCAACUUCCUUGCUCAGUCCGAGGCCUUGAUGGUCGGUAAGACCCCCGAGCAGGUCAAGACUGAAGGUGCCCCCGACAACUUGGUCCCCCACAAGACCUUCCUUGGAAACCGCCCUACCACUUCGAUUCUGGCUCAGAAGAUCACUCCCUCCACUCUCGGUGCUUUGAUCGCGUACUACGAGCACCUCACCUUCACUGAGGGUGCCGUCUGGAACAUCAACUCCUUCGACCAGUGGGGUGUGGAGCUGGGCAAGGUUCUUGCCAAGAAGAUCCAGCAGGAGCUGGAGACCUCUGGCGCUGGCGCUGGUCACGAUGCUUCAACCAGCGGUCUGCUGGCCGCCUUCAAGCAGAAGGCCAACCUGGCAUAG